CAGGGAGAUACUGGACAAACUUCACUCCCAGAACUCAAUCAUAUGUGGACACAUUAUGGAUUACUUGCAGCUACCAGAAAGCAUCAUAGAAAAAUCUACACCUGGUGGGCAAAUUUUGGCAGAGAGUAAACAGAGAAGCUCCUCUGACAAUAUCAACUCUCCACAGACAAGUGACAACACCUGCAUACCCAAGGACUUCAGCUGCAUAUACAACAAAGAUCUACUCCCUGCUCUCAGUGGUGAGGACACAACCAAAAGUUUCUUCCAAGAGCUGGUGAACAUUCUCCUCAGCUAUGUCUGCAAAUCGUUCAGACGGAGGUCCAAAGUCCUGGACUUCCACCACCCUCACCAACUCAGAGAGGGCCUGGAGGGCUUCAGUCUGGAGCUCCCAGACCAGCCCGAGAACCUGGAACAACUCCUGGUCGACUGCAGGGACACCUUGAAGUAUGGAGUCAAAACAGGUACCGUAAGAGCUGUUGACUGUUUUGCCAAACGUACUCCAUUAGGGGUGUAA